AUUUCUCCUCUCUCUCUUCUUCCUUCUUCCCCACUCCAGAAUCCAGAUCUUCGAUUUCUGGAGUUGUGGGACCCGGAAUAUCCUUCUGCCUCCGUCCGUCCAUGUGAAAGCCCAACCCCGCUAUCCAUCCUCUCUGAAUUAAUCCGCCCCUAUCUUUCGAGGGCUUGUUCAGGGAAAUGGAGAGCACAAAUAACGGACUUUCAAACCACGAAACACUCGGGAACACAGGUGGCAUGAGAGAUGUGCUGCCUCUUUCACCUUUCCAAUUCUACUCUGAUUUUUCACCUGUCGAUUCGGAAGGUGAUUUGAAAUCUCUAGAAGGUGGUUUGAAUUACCACCAACGUUGCUCUUCCGAGAGCUUUCUCAUCGAGGAGCAACCAUCAUGGCUAGACGAUCUUUUAAACGAGCCUGAAACUCCUCUUCACAGAGGCCAUCGCCGCGCAGCUAGUGAUUCCUAUGCAUAUUUCGGCGAAGCAGAUAAAUUUACCUUACCAUAUGAUCAGAAAAAUAACAAGGUUUUUUUUUUCUUUCUUUUUUUCCUUUUCCGGAUCUAUGAGAUUGAAUCAAACACGAAUCUGUUAAUUGGGACUUGCAUGAAUGAAGAUGGUCUUUUUUUUUUUUCGCAGGAAUCGAAAGUUGUACCUUCUUUAGGUUUAGAGAAUAGCAGAGGGGAAUCGGGUUCAGAGAACCUUCAGAAUUCUGCGGAUAGAGCUAACGGUUCUCAAGUUAAGCCUUCUGGAUCAAAAAUGGAUUCCAAACGUUCUAAACAGCACAACGCUCACCGGUCAAGAGUAAGGAAACUUCAAUACAUAUCUCAUCUUGAAAGGACUGUUCAAAUUUUGAAGGCAGAAGGGUUUGAAAUUUCGGCUGAGCUUGAAUUCGUCGAACAGCAGAACAUAAUCUUGUCAAUGGAAAACAGAACACUUAGGCAGCGCCUCGAGAGUAUUUCGCAGGAGCAGAUGAUCAAACACUGGGAACAAGGGAUGUUAGAGAGAGAAAUAGGGAGGUUGCAAACUCUGUAUCAUAUGCAGAAGCAACAGCAAAUGCAAAUGCAAAUGCACCAUCAACAACAGCAUCCACAUAACCAACAUCAAAAACAUCGUCGAAACAGAAGCAGAGAUCUUGACCACCCAGUCAACAUUUCCUCAACCAAGAACAAAGAUGCCAGUUCCAGCAAAGAUUCAGUCAAUGGUUCUGUUCGUGUCUAAGUCAAACCCGAGUUCCGUUCUGU